AUCGAUUCAGUGAAAGGAAUCGAAUCAAAAGAACUAUCUGCCGGCUGCUGCGUCUCUAGAUGCUUCACUCGCGCAGCAAGGUGUUUGGAGCGCAAUUGAGAGACCUCUAUUACACUACAGCAUGGCGUCCGAUAAACCUAAAGCCAAGAGGAUUAAACUCGAUGAAAAAAAGCUCAGUCAAAAUGCCCUUUUUGGGAUGGGAAACCCUCUGCUUGACAUCAGUGCUGUGGUGGACAAAGACUUUCUAGACAAGUAUGGACUCAAGACGAAUGACCAGAUAUUAGCAGAGGAGAAACACAAGGAAAUGUUCGAAGAGAUAGUCAAGAAAUUCAAGGUUGAAUAUCACGCUGGAGGUGCCACUCAGAACUCUGUAAAAGUCGCACAGUGGAUGAUCCAGGAACCGCACAAUGUGGCCACCUUCUUCGGCUGCAUUGGGAAGGAUAAGUUUGGGAAGAUCCUUAAGGAGAAGGCAGAGGAGGCCCACGUGGACGCCCACUACUACGAGCAGAGCGAAGAGCCCACGGGGACGUGCGCUGCCUGCAUCACUGGCAACAACAGGUCUCUUGUUGCAAAUCUUGCAGCUGCUAAUUGCUACAAGAAAGAGAAACACCUCGAUCUGGAGGAGAACUGGAAACUUGUUGAGAAAGCCCAGGUUUACUACAUCGCUGGGUUCUUCCUGACUGUAUCCUUGGAGUCGAUCCUGAAAGUGGCCAGACACGCUUCGGAAAACAACAAGAUCUUCUGCAUAAACCUGUCAGCUCCAUUCAUCUGUGAGUUCUUCAAGGAGGCCCUGAUGAAGGUUAUGCCCUAUGUGGACAUCCUUUUUGGCAACGAGACGGAGGCCGCCGUGUUUGCACAAGAGCAAGGCUUUGAGACUGAAGACGUUGAGGAGAUUGCGAAGAAGGCCCAAAGCUUGCCCAAAGAGAACAAGAAAAGGCAGAGGAUUGUUGUCCUCACCCAAGGGAAAGAAAGAACUAUAAUGACCAAAGGUGAUGAGGUGGAGACAUUCCCUGUCUUGGAGAUCGACCAGAGCAAGAUAGUGGACACCACCGGUGCUGGAGACGCCUUUGUUGGAGGUUUCCUGUCUCAACUGGUACAGGAUAAGACCUUUGAGCAGUGCAUCCGCGCUGGACACUACGCUGCUAACAUCAUUAUUCGCCAUGCAGGCUGCACAUUCCCAGAAAAGCCAGACUUCCACUGAUGGGCUGCUGAGAGACCGGAAGAUACCGCCGUCCGAGUGUUUUAUAGGACUAAUGCCUUUUUUAAUUAACUUUUUUAUCUUCUGUUCCUCUUUCCUCUCUUGUUCACUGCCUGCCUUCUGCUGUGUCACAUUAAAAACCAUUUACAAGAGAGGCAAAAGAGGAAUUUCUCUUAGAUAUAUUGAUUUGUUUUUACUAAAGCCAUUUUAGUAUCACUGUUAAGAGUGAUGAACAUAGCCAGCAUCUUUCCAGAUGUGGAGUUUGCUAACAAAAUUAUUGUAGUUGUAAUUAGAUGUAAAAAAAAAAAAACUGAAUUGAUAUUGCAAACCUACAGAAGCCAGUUGAAUCAUUUGAACUUUUUUUUUUAAAUCAAAGGCUUGUUUUAUCUCAGAAAUGUUGUUGGCCAGUCUUUCUGUUGUAAGCCAAAUGUGUGUGGGAAACACUUGAAUGUGUCACAAACUGCAAAAGUAAACAAAUAAAAGGCUGUAUUACUGCU